AUGGCAGAAGAAAAAGGCACCCGCAGCAAUGUCGACUCCGACUCGGACCGUUUAGAUGCCCUCAAUCGAUUCCGCUCCGCAGCGAGCAUUAGCAUGACGCCGGAGCUGUUCGAGAAGCUGUAUCUGGCGCCGCAGAGCAAAGUCAAGGGACAGCUGAGAGAUACGUUUGGAAACCCGACGCCGAUUGCUCUUGUCGGUUUCCUCAUGGCUUUGACGCCGUUGUCAUGCGCUCUCAUGGGUUGGCGCGGCGCAGGCGGUGACGGCGCGGCGACAAUCCCGGUGUACUUCUUCCAGGGCGGAGUCCUCAUGACCCUCGGCGGCCUCCUCGAAUGGAUCCUGGGCAAUAGCUUUCCCGCCGUCGUGUUUUGCACAUUUGGUACAUUCUGGCUCUCUUACGGAGGCGUCUUGAAUCCCUCCUUUGCAGCGUUUUCUUCCUUUGCGGGCGAGGACGAAGCUGGUGCAGAGGGUCUUAAGACAACUGGCUUCAAUGCUAGUCUAGGCUUUUGGUUUCUCUUCAUGGGGCUACUCUGUAUCAUUUUCCUCAUCUGCUCGCUACGCACAAACGUCGCCUUCUUUGUCAUCUUUCUCAGCCUGACUAUUGCUUUUGGACUGUUGACAGGCGCCUUUUGGGCGCAGGCGGAGGAUUUUGCGGGAAAUGCUGACUAUGCUCACAAACUGCUCGUGGGCGCUGGCGCUUCGGCUUUCGUGACGUGUUUGGCUGGGUGGUAUAUCCUUUUGGCUAUUUCGCUGGCUAUUGUCGAUUUUCCAAUUCAGAUUCCUGUAGGCGACUUGAGCAAUGUGGUAAAGGGAAGGUCUAUCAGAGAAAGGUAG